CUCUCUCUUUGUGCUACCGUUGUUUUUGUCGUCAAAAUGUCAGAUUGCAGUGCUCGUCGAUCGUCGAAAAUGCCCCAUCCUAAUGAUCUCCAUCGCUCCACUCAAUCAGCAUCAGCACCACCUGGAGACGCAGCGCAAUUACCGCAGGGCCAAUGCCGUUAUAUCCUCACAAUACCGGAACUCAAGGGCCAUCGCUGCGGAUGCAUGGGCUUUCACCACAACACAUCCCUCCCUGGCGCGACAUGUUACUGUGGCCAUUUCUCGUGCUUUCAUUCAUCGACAUCUCUAAAAACAAGCGAGGAUAUCACAGCGCUCAAGAAACGAGUCCGAGAGCUCGAAGCACAACUGCAGCAAAAAGGGAGCUAUCAACUGGAGAAUCUCGUCGGUCGUAUUAGUGAUUUGGAAGAGACGGUGGAAGGGAAUCAAGAGGAGGCGGCGAACCAGCUUAAAGCUUCGUAUCAGAACAGUUCGGCUGCUUGGCAGGUGAUAGAAGCACUGCAGGAGCGGAUCAAAAGUUUGGAGAAUUACUGUCAGUUGUACUGUGAGCAGAUGAUUGCGACGAGGAAAGAAGUCAAGGAACUGUAUAAUCGACAACUGGAAAUGAUGGAUGGCGAGGAGAGUUUGGAAGAGAGGAUAAAGACAUUGGAAGACCCGGGGAACUUGCUACCGUUGUUCCAGACGGGGCAGAUCGGCUCGGUGACUAUGGACACGAGGUAGAUGAUGACUACAUGUCAUUGAAACAGAUAGGAGAGGUCGACAAGCAGUCAAUGCGUAGGGGAUAAUAAUACUAAUUUUUACUACAAUACCAG